CAGGUGCAUGCUUUUUGUAUUUUGUUUACCAAUAUUUUUGUUAUUCUGUGAUGUUUGUACCAUGCGACUUCAUUCCAAUUGCAAAACAAUUUUAAAUAUUUUAAAGCGUAACUUUAACUCAUUUCCAAUGGCAUGCAGUCGAUACGAAUAUGUUAAGAACUUCGAGCUAGAUGACACAAUAUUACCAAACGUAUGGAUUGUUGUCCGUCUGGAUGGGAAGGGAUUCCAUAAAUUCACCAAAACCCAUGACUUCCAAAAACCGAAUGAUAUAAAUGCAUUGAAUGUUAUGAAUAGUGCUGCAAUAGCCGUGAUGGAAGAAUUUCGAGACAUAGUUAUAAGUUUUGGCCAAAGUGAUGAAUACUCCUUUGUACUACGAAAAGAAACCAAAGUAUACAGUCGACGUUCAUCAAAACUCUUGUCCUAUAUAACAAGUCUUUUUAGUUCUGCUUAUGUGAUGAAUUGGAAAACCUUUUUUAAUGACAAAGAAUUAAAGUCUAUACCAUGUUUCGAUGGAAGAGUUGUUCUAUACCCAUCAGAUCAGAAUCUAAAGGACUAUAUGAGUUGGCGACAAGCGGACGUGCAUGUAAAUAACCUAUACAACACAACAUUUUGGGAACUUGUUCUAAACGGAGGUAUGACAAAUACCCAGGCCGAAGAAAGAUUACGUGGAACUUUUUCGGCCGAUAAGAACGAAAUUCUUUUUUCACAAUUUGGAAUCAAUUACAAUGAGUUACCUGUUAUGUUUCGCAAGGGCACGAUAUUGUUGCGAAAAUAUGUACAGGUACCGGGAAGCGACAAGAAAAGGCAAUUAUGUGUGCCAUUGCAUGAGGAUAUGAUAAGGGAAAAGUUUUGGAAAGAUCAUCCAGAACUAUUGGGCAAGUAUGUUCCAGCUGAACAUAUUCUUAAAAAAGAAGACUCGGACGACAUAAAUAUACUUUUGAGUAAUCAGUUUGAAAAAUGUCUAAUAAAAUAACAAAACAGACUAA